AUGCAUAUUUUCAAUGAAGACAUACCAAAGCUUGCAGCAGAGUUUAAGAAGAGAUACGGUCGCGAACUUAUAGGAAAGAACCUUGGUCAGUUCCAUUCUGACUUCGCAGAAAUAACACCUGGAAAACAAAGUUUAGCAUACAAGUCAAUAUUUUGUGGAAAGAAGACCUACAUAGACUUACUCACUAACGAUUUAAAUGAAGUUGCAUUCCAUGCACGUUGUAAAGGUGUAAAACAAGACGUUCUUGCUUUAACAGCAAAUGAAAUGUUUCCUGAAGCUAUACAAUGCUAUUACAAUGAAGAUAAGAACAUUCACAUACCUGUUGGAACAUAUGACAAAGACUCUGAGUUCAGUUUAAUGAAACUUUACAAAGCACUUUAUGACGGUCAAGAGAUUGGAUUUGACUUAUGUAAGUCUGCUACACCUGCAUUUGAAGAGAAGUUUAACUUUUCUAUUCAGACUAAGACUUCAUUCAUAAGAAAGCUUAAGUUCUGA